AUGUCAACAGCGCCAACUAGGCGAGAAUGUGGAUAUCGUAGAACACACGAUCUAAUUAAGAAGUUGGACGUCUCAUUUGAUUUUGAGUUAUCCUCGAACUGUUCGCUGAAGAAUGAUGGAUUGGUGGCUGUACAUCAGAGUUCUUGUGCAGGGUAUGCUUUGGUUAAUCUUCCUAUGAAGGUCGGCACUUUCAAGUGGAAGAUUCAGUUGGUGCGUGAGAACGUCAACAACGAAGGGACGUGCAUCGGAGUGUGCCGGCUGCCCAUUGCGGAUUGCAACUACAGUUCGACCAGUGACAUGUGGCUGUACAGGGCCUACAGCGGCUCCUUGUACCACGCUGGCGAGGUUGGCUACAGACAAAAAUUCACUCAAGGUGACAUUAUCACCUGCUAUUAUGACGCUGAUAACAAGACGUUGGCCUUCGCAAAAAAUGAAACAACAACAACGUUAGCGUUUGAGGAUAUGACAUCAUCUGAGGUGUACCCCUGUGUUGUCUUCUACAAUCCAAGCAGAGUGGAAGAGGUAGAAAUAGUGGACAUGCAAAUGAUAGUAGUCUCAGGUCUGUACCAUGCAGGUGACCCUUGCCUCAACCCCCCUGCGAGCACCAUGGUCGAGGAACUCAUUCAACUCAUGCGAUCGUUGCAUUCUGAUCUGGAUGUUUGGACUGAAGUGAUAAACGAUGUGCUUCUUGACAGGAUGAAGAUGAUGAAAAACAUGAAAGUUGUUCUCGAGCGGUCGUUAGAUAGCAAUUUCAUGAAAAUGCCAAUGUUACAAAAUUUGUUAGAUGCUUUGGGCAGAGCAGAUGAGGAUAAUGUUGAUGUUAAUUUUCCUGGUGACACCAAAGCAUUGGCACCAAACGUGUAUGACGUCUUCAUGCAAUGUUGGCCAAUGUUGGUGCUGCUAGGUGGAAUGGAUGGAGGAUUAAGGAUGGGAGGGAGGUGUAGGUCGAAAGUUACAAGAAAGAUCGGAUUGGUGCUAGGUGCAGCCUGGGUGGGAUCAAAAACUGUGAAAGUGGUGUGGGACGAUGCAGAUGGGUCGAUUAAGUAA